GUAUCGCAGUGUCAAAGCAAAGUGAUUAAGCUAACAGAGCGAGCCAGGUGCUGAAGAAAAAACAUUUUGUUACAAGAAAAGAAAAAGUUUAUUUGAUUGUUUUCGAUCAAAGUUUAGGGUUUUUUCUAUCUGGCGAUAAAGAUUAUUAAGAAGAAAUUAGGGGCUGUGCCAAGACCCGUUUUCGUUGUCAACAUUGUGACACAGUGUCAUCGACGUUGUUGUUGUUUUUGCAACUCCUUCAUUGCACCUUUGAAGGAGCCUGUUUUCUUCAAUCCCCUCUAAAGGACUUGGUAAUAGCUGAAAUAUUCAAAGACAUUGGAAAGACUUCGUUAGCCGUUUUAUGUUAACAUGAAUGUUGAUUCAACCUCUUUACCUUCGGAGUUGUUGGUGGCACCACAACCUCUUAUUGGAUUGUGCGGUCUUGAUGUGAAUCGCAAUGCAGUACACAAAACCAUAUGGGACGCUUUUAGCAGUAAUCGCAAGGCUGAAAGGGCUUCGGUACAAUUUAAAUUGCUGCCAAAUAACUAUGAAUUCCCGGUGGCCAAACCAAAACGAAAUUCCUACGAAUGGUAUCAUCCAAAGGGUAUCCUUAAACGCAACUGGAUGCUUAAACAUUUACAUGUGCUUCCAUCGGUGGUGGUUUUGUUUCAGGACAUAGAAUGGAAUGAUAGCCAAUGGACGGAGAAACAAUUGCAAUGUGUUGCUGCCCUGCAAACACUUAAGAAUGCCUUACAGGAACGUAAUACCCGCAUAUGUUUGGUGCUUUUACAAAAAUCACCACCCCUACCGCCGGGAGAGGAUAUGUUGGCAUCGGAAAGAGCUGCCAGCCUCACUGCUGCCUGUGGUAUCAAUAGCAAAAUGUUGUUUAUUUUACCACAUUCCGAGCAUUUAAUGGGAUAUGUCUUGCGUCUUGAAUCUGCCUUCGUGGAUAUGGCUCAGUCGUACUAUACUCUAAUGUCGAAGCGUAUACGAACACAUCGUGAUCAAUUGACAGCAGCUCAUACAACAUUGAAGAUAAGACACCAAUUCAAGCUGGGUUUUGUGGCUGAAAUGCGUCAAGACUUCAGCACAGCAUUAAAACACUAUACCCAAUCGUAUACAACACUGGACGAGAUACGCAUCAAUGAUGGCAAUAAUUUGGAAAUAAAAACUGUAGCUGGAUUCUUAAACUAUAAGAUAUGCCGUUUAAUGUUUAAAUUAAAAGUGCCACGAGAUUCAAUUAAUCAUUUUAUAAGUCACAUAGACAAAUAUAAAAAUCGUGUUGGUUUUAAGGAUCUAAUAUUUGAACAUUAUGCCUGGCUGAGUACACAACAUUUUGUUUUUGCCGAGCUAUUUUGUGAGGCUAUUAAAAAUGGACUACCCGCGUUGCAGACCCAACAUCCCGGCAUAUAUUUUCACAAAGCUGCUGAAUAUACACAAAAACGAAAGGAGGCAUUUCUUCAAAGUACAGGCCCUUCAACCCCUACGGAGUCAUCAAACAAUUUUAAUGGCCAAGGCAGCAAUAACAUAACAUCUUUGUAUACCGAAUAUUUCGGUAUAAGAUCAUUAAAAUCGGGAGAACCUUUAACGGAACAACAAAUCAACACAAUGAUAAGGGAAAAUGAGAAACUCUUUAAUCAUUCGAGUUCCAUUAUAAAUCUCCUAAGUUUGGCAAUGGCUCAAUUUAAAAUCUACAAAUGUUUGAGAUUCCGUAAAAAAUUGGCAAUUGAUAUGGCUGAUGAGUACUUUAAAAGCGGUGAUCAUGGCAAAGCGUUAACGUUAUAUUCAUUAAUGUUACCCGAUUAUCGUCAAGAUAAAUGGUGUUCCUUGUUUUCGGAUGUCCUGCUCAAAACUAUGAAAUGUGCCCUGCUGUCUGCUUCCAUUGGUGAUUUCAUAUCGUGUAGUUUGGAGGCAUUGUCAUUCAAAAUAAAAUAUACCCCCAAUGAACGCGUCAUGGUUUUGGAAAAUUUAUGGAAGGUUUUGCAGGGUGAACCACCCAUACCCCAGAAUCAAAAUGCUCCUGAGGUGCGAGCACGUUGGGAGGAGGCAUUGAAAGGUGUUAAAAGUCCCCUGCAAAUCGAUAUGGAUAAACUGACCGAUCUUAUGGAUAUUUGUAGUACGUUUGAAAAAUUGGAAAUUAAAAAUGAUGAUGUUAUAAAACUAAACCUUAUACUAAGAUUACAAACUGAUGUUCCCAUAAAAAUACGCAACCUACAAGUGAUAAUAACAGAUGAUAGCAAUAAUUACAAAUUACAGCCGACGCAUAUAUCCAGAUAUUAUGAUAUUGUGGAUCUAAGGAAACUCAAUGACCCCGCUAACAAUGCUCUACAGCCCUAUGAACAAAAUCUAAAGCUGGAACCAACAUUCUAUCAUAGUUUCUCGUUUACCACAGAGGCUCAACAAUUUUUGGAAAAUACUCAACUACGUGUGGUGCGCAUUGAAAUACUUGUGGGCACCGAUAGCCUGUCUAUGCUGCUGCAUAAAAGUGCACCCUAUAUGAAUAAUGCCUUUCGCUACCACAAUCGCAAUCGUGAUUUGGAUGACAACAUUAUAAUCAAUCCAAUUUGUUAUAUUACUCCAACAUUCCAUUUGGUCACGCAAUGCAAUCUGGGCACGGAGACAAUGCUCGUGAAUGAAUAUUAUAUGGCGACCAUAACAAUAAGCAAUCCCUACAAUGUUUUUGUAACAGGCAUAGCUUUGAGUAUAAGUGUACCGAACAAUUUGAAGAAUAAAGUAUUCCUUGCAACGGAUGUCUCCAACAAUAAACAAAAAGUCCACUCCGUAAUACACAUGGAUAUUGGAGACUUGGCUAUGCAAAGUUCCAACACUGUAACAUUUUAUAUACUAAGUCUCGUGGAGACAACUGUUACGCUACAACAAAAAAUCUUCUACACCACAGAUGUACUCAAGCCCAAGGUGACAACGGCCAUAAUUGUCAAUGAUAUCACAACGCCGAGCAGUAGUGAUGUUUCGCCAGAAAAUACACCGGCUGCUGGCAACAAAACACUACCAACGGUCGCUCCAACAUUACCAAUGCCCCUGCUAACGCCAGUCCAGCUGGAAUUCAUCGAUGAGAAUAGUGUGCGUAAAACGCAAGAUUCCGUGCUGAGUAUAAAAUGUGAGUCAGAAUUCAAAUUCCAGGGACGUUUCUAUACCCUAAAUCGAAUGCCUUUGACAAAAAUCUAUCGCGGUGAAAAUUUUCUCUUUCGUGCCGGACUUGAAGUUCAAAGUGAUGUCGAUUUGGAUAUUUUGGAAACCUAUUUCAUAUGUGAUCAUAACCUAGUGCAAUCAACGUAUAGUUUUAAAAGGAAAAAGUUCACCAAUACCUAUCGGCGCGGUGAGAAACUAGAAGAUGUUAUAGUCUUACGUACCAAUGACAACACCGACGAAUGGUUAUCUAUUAGGGAUUAUGAACGCAGCAAAACGAAUGAGCUGCAUAAGUCUAACAUAUUUCAUCGUCUAAGAAGUUCCCGGAAACACGCGAAUCUGACGGAUGCAACAGCAAUUCCAAACGCUGCUGCCAAUGCAGCAUUGACCAAAAGCUUAAUGGGUAAAUUGGCAAACAAUAUGACAAUAAUCAAUAACACUGCCUCGGCCAAUGCUGCCCUCAUGAUGACUAGCCAAAAUUCAAAUAUGAGCUCCUCAACCAUAUCGGACGAUGGCAAAAUGAUAGCAACAACGACGACAAUUGCUGGAAAUGUAAAUGCUACCAACAACGUGGAUGAGGUGAAUCAGGCGGCGCAGGCGCCCAACAAACAAUCCCAAAAUUCACGUUUAAUUUACAACAAAACCCUUGAUGCCAUCCAUGCGACUGGGCAUCUGAGGGGAUUCCUGAAGGGAUCAGUAUUAACAAGUACACCGCAGCAGGCACAGCAGCAACAAAUACUUUUUGGUUUCUAUUGUGUCAAGUGGCGACGCAGCAGUAGUAAAGAGGAAAACGAGUCGAAAUUUGUUAUUAUGGGUUUACCGAUUGUGGAACCUCCACUCAAUGUCUACUGUUCCAUGGAAGAGAAGAUGUUCGUAAAAAUGCCCAUAACCUUUAAAGUGGUAUUGAAAAAUCCAACAUCGAAAGUUAUUCAUCUGAUAGCGUCAUUAAGCAUAAGUCUGUCGGAUAAUUUCAUAUGCUCCGGCCAUAAACAGCUGGAUAUUUCAAUUUUUGCCUUCGGUGAAAAAGAACUUGUCUACAAUCUGUAUCCUUUGCAAGUUGGCUGGCAAAAUUUACCUGAACUUACUUUAGUCUAUAAUACGCAGGCUGAUCCAACAAAGGAUGAGGCGCAAAAUAAUUUACUCAGUGAACUGGUACAACGAUCUAUACUGAAGAAAGUAUUCGUUUUGCCACCACUUAAGCAGCAAAUAAGCAAAUGAGAUGUUUUCCAUCAAAGGAAAAGACGAGAAUUCCUGAAAGUUGUAUACUAAGCUAAAAAAACACACACACACACCCAUUCUUCGUGCAGAAGAAUUAUUUUGUAGAAACUACAGAUUGUGUAAUCUUUAUUUAUUAUUAUUAUUUUUUUUAAUAUUUUAACCUAAUUUAAAGUUGAACUUACUUUCUUAACUCACAAACUUUAAAUUUAGCAUAGGUAUUUUGUGUUUUUUAAUUAGAAAAUCUAAAUAAUAUAAAAAUUAAUAAAUAUAA